GACGGCCCGCCAUGUUUCUGGUGGGUUGGUGAUCUGCUGUUCGUACGUCACUGGCCGGAAGGGUGUCGUGGAGCUUGUACAGAUCUCUGCACGGGCGGCGACUGCGUUUCACCUGCUAAGACACCGGACAGCAAGCACAGUGAGGAUGAAGAUCCAGUUCCUUCUGCUAUGGUCUUUCCUGGGGAUUAGCCUGGCAGUACCAAUAGACAGGGCCCCUCCGCAGAAAGAAACGGAGCGUCCGGCAGAACCUGCGGAUACUGGCCUGUACUAUGAUCGUUACCUGCGAGAGGUAAUUAACGUGCUGGAAACAGACAACCAUUUUCGUGAGAAGCUUCAGGCCGCCAACGCAGAAGACAUCAAGAGUGGUAAGCUCAGUAAGGAGCUUGAUUUUGUGAGCCACCAUGUCAGGACCAAGUUAGAUGAGCUGAAGAGGCAGGAGGUUUCCAGGCUGCGGAUGUUGAUCAAGGCAAAGAUGGACGCAACCAUGGAGGAAAAUAUACAGAUUGACCACCUUGCUUUGCUGAAACAGUUUGAGCAUUUGGACCCUCAGAACCAGCAUACAUUUGAGGCCCGGGAUUUGGAACUGCUCAUUCAGUCUGCCACCAAGGAUCUGGAGAAUUACGAUGCUGCUCGGCAUGAAGAGUUUAAACGUUACGAGAUGUUGAAAGAACACGAGAGACGGGAAUAUCUUAAGUCUCUGGAUGAGGAUAAACGGAGAGAAGAGGAAGCACACUAUGAAGAGAUGAAGAAAAAACACAAGGAACACCCUAAAGUUAACGUACCAGGAAGUAAAGAUCAACUCAAAGAAGUCUGGGAGGAGACUGAUGGCCUGGAUCCGAACGACUUCAACCCAAAAACGUUCUUCAAAUUACAUGAUACCAAUGGCGAUGGAGUUCUGGACGAGCAGGAGCUGGAAGCACUCUUUACAAAGGAGCUGGAGAAAGUCUAUGACCCGAAGAAUGAAGAAGAUGACAUGAUGGAGAUGGAGGAAGAGAGACUGCGUAUGAGAGAGCAUGUCAUGAAUAACGUGGACUCAAAUCAUGAUCGCUUGGUGACGCUGGAAGAGUUCUUGAAAUCUACAGAUAGGAAGGAGUAUAAUGAGGCUGGUGGAUGGGAGACUGUGGAUGAAACCCAGAUUUACACAGAAGAGGAGUUGCGCAGAUUUGAGCAGGAACUUGCUGCCCAGGAAGCUGCCUUAAAUCAACGCGCAGAGGAGCUACGUAAAGAGCAUGAAGUCCUUCAGCAGAGGCAGAUAGAGUUGGAUGCUCAGAAGAAGGAAUAUCAGCAGGCUGUAAUUCAGAUGGAGCAGAAGAAAUCCCAGCAGCUUGAUGUUCCUGCUGCUGGUCCUGGUGGGGAGCUGAAGUUCCAGGCACAAGUACCGGAUGGAGCUCAUGAACUAGAGAAACAAGCGGAAUCCCACCAGGGAUCAGAUGUCCACCCAGGACCACCAGGAGAAGCUCAUCCAGCACCUCCAGGAGAAGCGGCCCAUGAAGAAAAGAAAGAUUCAGCACCUUCCCAGGAACACCAGGUUCAUCAAGUCUAACAGUAGAAAGUUAGAGAACCAAUGGAGGAGAACACGGCAGGGAAACAAGGAUCGGUCACCUCCAUCUUGGCGUCUCUAGUCUGUAUCCCUCUGUUCUCCUGAAUUUCAAAGUUAAGGGAUGUGCAAUCGAGCGCUGGGUAAAUCUCUCACAUUGGGAAUCGGGCUUCUUGUUUUCAAAAAACAAACUUACAAAGAAACAAAAAAUAAUAAUGAUAAAGUAAAAGACUGUGGGAAGUUUAGUAGUUUUUACCCUAUAGAAGCACCUUUCUGUGUCCAUCACGGUAGAAAAUGGCAUCUAUAUAUAUUGGAUUGGUGUUGACACAUUGUGUCUCUGCAUAGCAGGAGUAUAUAAUGUAUACAGGAUCUCCUCUAGUGGAAAUGUAGUAACCCGUAUCUAGAUAUGUCAUUGUGCUACUUUCUUUAACCUGUGUCUUACAAGCGACAGCACCAACGGAAAUUGUGGUGAAUUGUAGGGUUGGACCACCUCAGUGUACUCCAUGGAGCACCAGGACCCCUUAAGAACGAGUUAGAUCUUAGGAUAUGUUCACAAGGUGGAUUUUGAAAUUAGAAAAAAAAAAACUAUGCGUAAUUGGUAGAAAUUUGAGGCUGACCCUCGGAUUUCUUCCACAUAUUUGGAUUUGUUCUUGUCAACAAUUCGCCCUCAAAAAAAAUGUCCGUCAGUUAUUAAGUCAAUGGGACGCUUACGUGAAGUAUUGUUUUUAAAGUGAACUUUGGAGCGGAAAAUGCAUCCAAAUCCUUGUCAGAGAUCCCCUGUGUGAACAUGUGGCACCAACUACAGAUGUCCGUGCCCGCACCUGGGCUAGUUCCACAUAGUACGGUCAGUAAAGGGUCCGGUAGCAGUCAACUUACAAAUGUCUACUAUGAGGCAGAGUUUUUUUUUUUUCUCUCUAUUUUCAAAAAUCCACUCUGUCCCUUGGUUACAACUAUAGGCGCUGCUUUAUGAAGUGUUAUCGUCUGACCUGCUUCCUCCACAUUGAUAAAUCGGCCCUAUAGAACGUCAUAAAGACAAUUUAAUUGAUAUGAUCACCUGCUUCCUCCAGGUACGGUGCCAGCAGUAACUCUUUAGGCACUGGGUCAUAGCAGCCGAGAGAUGUGCAGAGUACGUGAUUAAGCUUUAAUUUUAACCCCUUAGUGACCACACGCAUUU